AUGAUUGCAUGCUUAUGCACUCGUAUUUUGUAAUUUUUGUGGAAGCUCUUCCAUUGUGUUUAUCUUGAUGAUAAGUUAAAUAGUUAUAAUUACCUAUUCAUUGAGCAAUUGAUUAGUGAUUACUGCUUUCCAUGGGAUUGCUCCUUUUUGGCCUGCCCUGUGGUUUAGUUGAUCUUGAACAGGUUUUCAUGGAACAAUGGCGGCAUUGGGGGAAAUAAUCAUCCUUCUCCCAGUUCACGGUAGUCGCUAUUUACCUUCCAGUCUUUCUUUCAGGGCCACCUGGAGGUGUUAUCUGUGCAAAGGCAUCAAUGUUGGUUCAGAAUGGGCAGAUUACAACAUUGAUGCAUAUUCUGCUGCAACUCUGAAAGCUGGAUCUUGUGCUUUCCCUGGACUAAAUGAAUGAGGAGUUUCUUGAAGUGAUCCGUCUUGAAGGACAAGCUGUAGGUCAGGAUGAUACCAGCUUAUCCCAGGAUAUUCAUCUCCUGCAGUGGAGUUGAUGAAAAUGCUGUUGGUGCCUGCUAUCAGCUUUUUUUUGCACCGAUAGAUGAACUUUUUCCUGAUGAUGCUCCAAUACUUCCUUCUGGAUUUCGUGUCAUACCCGUGGAAGCAAAAACAAAUAACUUGUCAUCAAAUCAUACUUCUAACCAGUUGUGUGGGGACACAUCAAACACUUCAGGCUCACGUUCUGUGCUCACAAUUGUGUUUCAGUUUCCCUAUGAAGUUCACCUGUCAGAUUGUGUUGCUGUGAUGGCACGGCAGUAUGUUCGAAGCAUAGUUUCAGCUGUUCGAAGGGUUUCCUUGGCCAUCUCUCCAUCCCAGCAUGGUCUGAACAUGGGACGGAGUUUAUCUCUUGGCUCACCAGAGGCUCACACUCUUUCUACUUGGAUUUGUCAGAGCUACACUUACCAUGUGGUGGCAGAAUUACUGAGGACAAACUGUGAGACUGGAGAAUCCUGAUUGAAAAUGCUAUGGCAUCACCAAGAUACCAUAUUUUGCUGUUUUUGAAAGGUAAAGCUAAUGGCUAAGUUUGUGAUCAAGGUGGGAUUCUGAGUGUUUUGUUUAUUCUGCUUCUGUGGCUUGCAUUGGUCCAAAACUUAUAAAACCUAUAAAAUAACCUUACAUCUUCCAUAUCAUGGCUUACUUAAUAAGGAUUGUUCCAUAUGGCUAUCACAUUCAGGCGAAGCUCAUGUUAUUAUUGUUAUUAUUAUUAUUAUUAUUAUAAAAUAAAUUUCGGGCUUGGAAAAGUUGCUGAUAAAAGUGAAAAUGGUCUGAUGAUUUUCUCAUGCUUUGCAGACACAGCUAGUAUUCACCUUUGCCAACCAAGCUGGCCUAGACAUGCCAGAAACGACGCCGGUGGCCUUACAGGACAUUACUCUAGACAGAAUUUUUUAUGAGGCUGGGAGGAAAGCAUUCUGUUCUGACUUUGCAAAGUUAAUAAUGCAUCACAUCUUUAUCUUUAAAACUUUUAUUACAACCCAGGAUUUUACCUCUUAGAGAUUCGAAUGUCGUUAUCUCCAGGGCAGGGGCUAUUGUCAUUUGCAAUCAGGCCGGCGUUUGCUUGUCUGGGAUGGGUCGCGAAAGGCCUUGAUCUUUCAUCAAUUGUUUAUUUUUUUAUAAGCCAUUGGUGAGCUUCCUCAAGGCCAGGCCAGGUUCAAGAGAAAGCUUUCUUUAUGUAACUUGUAAAAAAUCAUAUAAAAUAAUUUAUGUUACAAUGUGAUGAUAAGUUAUAUAGGAGCUGCUAGUUACAAAGUAACAAGGAGACUAAUUUUGCCAUAUCAUGAUGAGCGUGACUGUUUAUGGUAUUAAUGUACAUUGUUUUGGAUCUCUUCUUCAGAUAUAAAUAUAUUCAUAGCUAA